AUAGUAUCUCAAAUUUUACUAAUUUAUCUUUUCAAUACACAUUUUUUAAUAAAAUUUAUCUGUUGGAAAAGUUGGUCAAUAGAGGUUAUUAUUAGAUUUUGUUUGAGAAGAAGCAUAAGAUUGAUUGAUGGUCCCUGCUGAAUAAUUAUUACCCAUUAAUGAACAGCUUUUAGAUCCUUUUUAACACCUCAUUUUCCUGUCUGUCUUUUGCAGCCAUUGAGGUUGUUCUUCUCACACCAUUAUUACUACUUUCUUCUUCUCAAGUGUUCUUAGAAACUUCCCUUUUUAUUUCUCUCACUUUUUUUUAGUUCUAAAGCCUGUUUUUUCAAGUAAAGUUUGCCUUUUUAUCUCACAAAAAUGUAAACCCAUUUUGGAAAUGUGCUUUUUGAGUGAUUCAUGAGUGAUCACUGAGAAAACCCAGUUGUUUGUUUUGUCUCUCUCUGAGUCUCACAUAGCAAUGAAGUCUUCAGCAAUGUUGGAUUCAGCUGUGUUUCAGCUCACACCAACUAGAACAAGGUUUGAUUUGGUAAUAACUGUGAAUGGAAAGAAGGAGAAAAUAGCGUCAGGUUUGUUCGACCCCUUUCUAUGCCACUUGAAGGCUGCUCAAGAUCAAAUGGCUAAGGGUGGUUAUUCAAUUGUUCUGGUGCCCGAGCAUGGAAGUAAUGCCACAUGGUUUACGAGGGGAACUAUUGAAAGGUUUGUUCGUUUUGUGAGCACACCGGAGAUACUGGAACGUGUAUAUACUAUAGAAUCCGAAAUCUUACAAAUUGAAGAGGCAAUUGCAAUCCAAGGAAAUAGUUCCACAGGGAUUAGCAUUGUGGAAGCAAACCAAAAUUACCAAAUAAAACAAGUGGAAAGCACUGAAGGGACUUUCGGAAGGACAAGUAGGAAGACUAAGCAAGAUAAUGUGGAGAAAGCAGUUGUUCCUUACAAGCCACCUGAAGCAAAUGGAAUCUCCUCAUCACAAGCAAAAUCAAAAGGUCAGCUUUUGCAAGUCCUGGAGACACGUAAGUCAAUGCUGCAUAAAGAGCAAGGAAUGGCAUUUGCACGUGCUGUUGCUGCUGGUUUUGACAUUGACUACAUACCAGCUUUGAUGUCAUUUGCUGAAUGCUUUGAAGCAUCGCGCUUGAUGGAUGCUUGUAGAAAUUUCAUGUCUCUAUGGAAAAGAAAGCAUGAAAGUGGCCUAUGGCUUGAAAUUGAAGCUUCUGAAGCGACGUGGACGCCUAAUCAUGCAGACUUCUCUGCAAUAAAUGGAUCUGGCAUUGUGCUUUCCAACAAUAUGGUCAAUACAUCCCACACUGAAAUGGACUCAGAAAGUAAUGGUGGGAAAACAAAUUCAGGCAACCAAAAUAACAUUCAAGGUCAAUUUCCACAUAAUGGAUUCUCCUCGUGGCCUGUUCAUUCUCCCCCGGGUGCCUUACCAGUCUUUCAUCCAUAUGCAGCUGAAGGAAUACCUUACUAUCCGACUUAUCCAGGAAACGGUCCAUUUAUGCAGCCAGGCUGUCCGCCUAUGGAGGAUCCUCGACUACAUGCUGAUCAAAGUAUGCGACAUAGAAGACAUUCCAUGGAUAAUAGACACAACAAUACUGAAUCCGAAAAUUGGGUCAUAGAAACUUCAAAAACAAGGUUUCAGGAUGAAAUAGAUGUGGAGAGGGAAGGUUUACAGACUGGAGACCGAAGGAAAAAGGUUAGUCGAUCAGACAGAUGUAAGUCUGGCAAUGUGGUCAUCCGCAAUAUCGAGUACAUAACAAAGACAAAACAUUCUUCUGGCACUGAUUCUGAUUCUGCAACCGAACCCGAUGAAGAUAAAGAAAUUCAGGAAUCUGUGAAGCCCUCAAAAAGAAGAGGAUCUGGUAAGGCAUCUUUGAAGAGGUUGAAUUCAACUGAUAAGAAAGAAACAGACUACGGGAAGGAAGCAGAUGGAGGACAUUGGCAAGCAUUCCAAACUUAUUUAUUGAAAGGUGUAGAAGAAGAUAGACAUGCCGUUAACCAAGACAAAUUUGAAGUUGGAAAAGUUGAUCAUGUGAGAAUAAAAAAACAUGUUGCAGCCAAUGAUCCUUUAAAUUUUACUGGUAAUUCACAUCCUUCAUCAGAUGCGGCUGCUGUCAAUGGACAAGGUUAUUCAAACACUAAUUUGGAAAGGAAGUUGUUUCGUAAUGCGAAUGAUGACUCCUUCAUGAUUGAACACAUAGUCGAUGGUCGAAAUGUUAAUGGAAAUGCUAUUGACAUGGACACAGAGUUCCCAAAGGUGCAUAAGAAGGAAGGAAAAGCGAAAAUUUCUAAUUAUCAACCAGAUGAAAUGAGCUUGAUGCCAGAACGAGGAGCUGAUAAAGGGUCAACGCGUUAUGACUGUGCACUAGACUAUAAAAUGCAGGCCCAGGCUGUAGGGAAGAAGAAAGGGGCAUUGGCUCAUAAUACUAAACCGGGAUCUAAGAUGUUGGAUAAGGUGCAGAAAUCAAAACCUACUCUGAGUAGUUCUGAUAGAAAAAAGACAGUUGGGCCAAUAAGAAGAGGAAAAACUAAUAAACCGAGUCCGUUGGAUGAAGCACGAGCACGUGCUGAAAGACUACGAAACUACAAAGCUGAUCUUCAGAAAAUGAAGAAAGAGAAGGAAGAGGAAGAUAUAAGACGUCUAGAGGCUUUAAAGAAGGAGAGGCAAAAGAGAAUCGCUGCAAGGAGCAGCUCAGUCACCAAACUAACCACCAAGUCAACCAUGCCAUCACAGCAAACAAAGAGACAGUUUCAAACAAAUAGUUUGCCAACCGUUCAUAAAGGAUCCAAAUUUAGUGAUUCAGAGCCACGGUCAUCCUUACCCUUCCAAAGAUUCCCUAUCAGAGCAGCUUCUGGUGGAUCCAAUGAUUCCUCGAAAGCCUCAAAAACAGGCAGACCAAACACUGGCAGUAGCAACUCAGUUACAAGCAAAUUAAGGCGGUCAGUGCCUCUUCUUCCUGAACGUAAGAAAGAGAAGGGUGAUGGUGCAAACAAUACGAAGGCAUCAAUAACAAAAAGUAGAAGAUUCUCAGAACCUAAAAUGAGUAGCAUUCGUCCGAAUUCCUUAGCUAAACCACGGAGCUCUAGGACAAUUUCAAGGACUAAAGCAGUUGAUGAGACUGAGAAAAAAAAGAUUUCUGCUAUUGUGAAUUAUGAUAAAGACAAGAUUGCAACCCUUCCAGAACUGAAAAUAAGAAUAUCUAAAGAGAAGACACAGAAGCUAAAUGGUGAUAAGCCUUCUAUGAAUUCAGAAGGCGCCUUGCUGAAGACAAGUGAAACUGGAAUUUCAUCCACUGUUGAUGGAGAUGAAAAUCCUAUUAUUGAUAAGACUGUUGCGAUGGUUGAGUGUGAAAAAAAACCUUCUUCCCUUGAUAUCAACGAUGAGAAAUCAAGAGGUAAACCGGUGAUAGCAAAGGGUCAAGAUGAAAAAGAUAAAGCAAUGGAGAAAACUAAGACAGUACCGCCGUCUUCAUCCUUAAGAACAAAUAUGGUGCACAUUUCCUUGGAGAACCAAUCACAAGUGAAACAUGUAUCCUCUAAGGUUAAAAUGAAUAAUACAAAGAAUGAACCAUCAAACUCAUCUAGCACUUUUGUUGCUGAGGAAACAUAUCGUGCCCCAUAUUCUCGAGGUUCUUCUUUGGAAGAUCGUCGUACACAGAAUUCUGAGCAUGGUAAAGCUCCUCCCACGAGCUUGGACACUGCAUUUGGUACAGAGACUUUCAGAGCACACGUGUCUGACACCAGAAACUCUACACUUGAGAAGAUUCCCGAGGUAAAUGAGAAUCCUCAGGCGAAGGAGUCACCGAAGGGCUUAAGACGGCUGUUAAAGUUUGGGAAAAAAAAUCACAACUCAGAUACUGGGAGCAACAUGGAAUCAGAUAAUGCCAGAAUUGAAAUUGGAGCAAAUAGUUCUUCCAAUGAAGCUCCUUUGAAGAAUUUGCUCUCUCGAGAUGAAACUAUUUCAACCAACGCAACUCCUCAAAAGUCUACUCGCACUUUCUCCUUGUUAUCGCCGUUUCGAAGCAACAGCAGAGAAAAAAAGAUAAUGACGGCUUGAUAGAAUUGAUCCUAUUCCUGUUAUUUGAGGUGGAUGCUGUGACCAUUUACUUGAUUCUUUUCAAUUUUUUUCCCUCUUUUCUGAGUUUAAAUGGUCUUAGAUUAUUAUUGUCUAGCUGAAAAUAUUAGAGUAAAUAUAUUGCUGUUGAAAUCCACUUCUCUGCCAAUGCGAUAUAAACAUUAUUGGAAA